CCUCGGCGGCCGGUCUCGCAGUGUGCCGGCGACCGUUGACAGUGUAUCGUCGCGCGCGCCGCGCCGACAACAAUCCGAACGCAAGCAGCACCCAUAAACACAUCAGUUCCUCAUAUAGUUACAGUGGGUGUUUUUGGUGUAACCUCAUAGUUUUGUGUUUGACUGAUCACAUUGAGUGUUGUACAAGUUUACAUUAGUUUCGGAUAUUGGACAAGUGCUAAAAAGUGACUGUGCGUGCUAUGCCGCAAUUACUAGCUUAGCAGUCAUCUGCGGGCGAUGCUCAAAGGUCCUUACCCGAUCGCCAUAAUUCCUUUGGAGAGCAUGUGAUGCCGGCCUUUGACGCCCGGCGCCAUGCCCACGCCGCUGCAGCCCGGCGGCCCCGCUAGCGGCCCGCCCCCGGAGCGCAAGCGGCGCCGCAAGCGCGACGAUCCACAGAGUUCAGCCGCGCUCGAGCCUGACGACGACGACGGCGACAUGAGCCCCGAGGAGGAACCGCGCAAUGUACCUGCGGCACCGGCGGCACCCACGCCGGCUCCUUCCUCCGCUCCCGCGCCUACCUCACCUCCCGCCGCACCUGACGCUGUAGACCUAACCUCGCGUCGAGACUCUCCUCCCCUAUCCUCCGACGUCGAGCGGUUCGACGGCAAAAUCGUCUACAAUCCGGACGGAUCGGCCUACAUCAUCGAGGAGACUGAACUAUCUGAGGGCGAGACCAGUAUACCAGACUUGCCUAAAAUAGAGCCUGGGUGCAUCGUUGAUAGCCGUGACAGCAAUAUUGUCGAAAAGCAACUCGAGUUCCCCCAAAUUGCGAGCGCAUUCUACGUAUCAAGAAAUCCGUCUUUAUACGGCGCGCUAUAUGGAAGACUGGCAGCUGAAAGAGCUCGGGCGAGGCCCGAUGCACCUGUGAUGCAUAGUUAUCGAGUAUUUAGUUUUCGUGGAGGAAAGGACACACCGAGGCCGCCAUCUCCGCCUGCUGAAUGUCCUGUCAGCGUACCUGUUAAACCGAUCCUUAUGUGUUUUAUAUGUAAAUUGAGUUUUGGCUACGCUAAAUCUUUUGUGGCACAUGCACAAACGGACCAUAGUUUAUCGUUACUUGAUUCUGAAAGAGACGCCUUAUCAAGAGAGAAUGCUUCUGCAAUUAUUCAAUGCGUGGGAAAAGAUAAAGAACCACUAGUCUCAUUUUUAGAACCUGUAGGUGCAGCAGCGCCCCCAAGAGUUUCUGCAUCUGGAAGCCCUGCCAACGUAUCAGAACUGUCAAGUCCAUCCAUAGAGAAACGGCCGGACAUGAUGAUGACUCCAGAUAGAGAUAAUGACUCGAUGUUGCCUAACGGCACCUGUGACGAUAGAAGACCAAGUCCAACAACGUGGAGACCGCCUAGAUCCAUUGCUGAGUCUUUGGUCCCACAACAUUCCUUGAUCUCUGUGGCGCAUCCCCAUACGAUAAAUGCGUCUGUACAACAACGUGUAAGUCCGAAUUCUUCCCCACCGUUUCAAGCAACACCACCAGCUUUCCUUUCUGGAACAACAAUAGGAGUUUGCCCUGAUCAUUUAGGCGGGCGACCAUCAGGUGCUGACUGCCCGAAAUGUGAAUUGAUUUUGAAUUCAGGAAGAUUAGGAGGACCCCUGGCUGGCAUGCAUAGUAGAAAUUCCUGUAAAACUCUUAAAUGUCCUAAAUGUAAUUGGCAUUACAAAUAUCAAGAAACCUUAGAAAUACAUAUGAAAGAGAAACAUCCUGAAGCUGAAACAAGUUGUAUCUACUGUAUAGCUGGCCAGCCACACCCACGGCUUGCUCGUGGUGAAACAUAUACAUGUGGAUAUAAACCAUAUCGAUGUGAAGUAUGUAAUUACUCUACUACUACAAAAGGUAACCUUAGUAUACAUAUGCAAUCAGAUAAGCACUUAAACAACAUGCAAGAAUUACAAAAUGGUGGCAAUCCUGGAGAAGGAAGUCUACCUCCUGCCCCUCAACAUACUCCUCCGGGUGUUCAUAAACCACCACUUCCACAUCAUUCGCCUUUAGGUCAAAAGCCAAAGCCUACAUUCCGAUGUGAUGUUUGCAAUUAUGAGACAAACGUAGCGCGAAAUCUCAGAAUACAUAUGACAUCAGAAAAGCAUACCCAUAAUAUGCUUGUUCUCCAACAAAAUGUGAAGCAUAUGCAAACAUUAUCAGCUUUACACCAUAGACAGCAAAGUCAGCAGCAACUAGAGAGUCUAUUACAUUUUCACAGCAAUGAUGCUCCCCCACCUAACCCAGAAGCAGCAUUAGCAGACAUGGCUUAUAAUCAAGCUCUUAUGAUUCAACUUAUGACUGGGGGACCUGGACCUUCUCCUCCUGAAUUAGGGGCCCACCUAGACGUUGGUUUAAACCCAGAAGCGAUGGAACCACCUCCAGAACCCGCUGAUCCGGAACCGGAGAGGACUUUUCAUUGUUGUAUAUGCAACUGUUUCUCUACCGAUUCGUUGGAAGCACUUGGACAUCAUUUAGCGCAAGAUCGAACAAAAAUAAGAGAACAAGAAAUUUUGGCACUCGUCGCCGGCCAUUACGUAUGCAAAUUAUGCACCUAUAAAACAAACUUAAAAGCCAAUUUCCAAUUACAUUGUAAAACUGAUAAGCACUUGCAAAGGUUGCAACAUGUGAAUCACGUGAAAGAAGGUGGGCCAAGAAAUGAAUGGAAACUCAAGUUUUGUGGUGGAGUUGGAACUGGAGGAGCUGGUGUCGGAGGUGUCCAAGUAAGGUGUUGUGCUUGUGAUUACUAUACAAACUCUGCACAUAAAUUACAACUACAUGCAGCUGGAGCAAGGCAUGAAGCCGCUGCCCUUCUGUUGAGACAUCUUCGAGAAUGUGCCUCUAGAAUUCCUCGAGAACGGCCAAGAGUAUAUCGUUGUGCACUAUGUGGCUUUGGUGCUCCCCAUCGACUACCACUUUUACAGCAUGUUCGCUCUGUAAAACAUUUACAAAUGGAACAAAUUCAUCAGCUCCAAAGACGAUCUGAAGGCAAAGACCCGACACCUGACGUCGCUGAACUCUUCCAAGUCAUCCCUCAGCCAACAGAUUUACCGAGUCCUUUUGAACAACAAGAAAAUGAUAACAAAGAGCAAAUAGACCAGAAGCCUGAAUUGACACCGGAACAGAAAAUGAUGAGAUUUUUGCAGCAGCAACAGCAACAACAACAGCAACAGCAACAGCAGCAACAACAACAACCACAACAAUCCCAACAACAAAGUUCGAGCGAAAGGGACGAAGAGCGCGAAACGCCAGGACCACAUGCCUGCCCUUACUGUAACUUCAGUUGUGGUAGCGAGAGUCGCUUACAUGCUCAUGUUACUUCUAUACACAGCGAUACAGUUCGACAUUUCAUCUGUCCGCUUUGUCAAGAUGCAUUCAAGGAACGAACAGCCCUAGAAAGGCAUGUAAUGCAAAUACACUCUGUAAAUUCGGAGGGUUUGCAAAGACUAUUAUUACUUGUCGAUCAAAGUCAUUGGCUAAAUGGUGGUGCUCAACCUCAAAGAGAUGACACAAGACAAGGUGAUGAAGAACGUGAGAUCUCCUCGCCUCGUUCUGAAGGCAGCGCAGACGGUGAAACUGAGAGAUGUUUAGCAUGUAACCGCACAUUUCGUAAUGUUGAUGAAUUAUGCCAUCAUCAAAACGAAUCCGGCCAUCUAGAACUGAAACAAACACCACAAGGUCCAGGUUAUGUAUGCUGGAAAAAAGGAUGUAAUCGAUAUUUUGAUACAGCCCAUGCACUACAAAAUCAUUUCAGAGAGGCACACGCUCGUAAUUCUAUUGCAAAUAUGUCAGUAUCAGAGAAACAUGUGUACAAAUAUCGCUGUAACCAGUGUAGUUUAGCAUUUAAAACAAUAGAAAAAUUACAACUGCAUUCACAAUACCAUGUAAUACGUGAUGCUACCAAAUGUGUACUGUGUGGAAGAAGCUUCAGAUCUGUGCUUGCUCUACAAAAACACGUAGAAACUUCGCAUUCUGAACUAUCUGAAGAAGAACUAAACGCUUUUAAACGUAGUUUAGCAUCAAAUCCUUUGUUACAAUCUAACCAAGGUACAGCUUUAGAUUCUGCAACUGCAGAGUUAUUACGAAAAGAAGCUCUAAGAACUCCAGAUGAUGAAUUAGCUGAUUUAGAGGACAGAGAUUCAAGUGCUACUGUUGCCGAUGAAUCAGGGCAUAAUGAUGCUGAAAACUCGGACGACUCAAUUAUAUACAAAGAUCAACAAUUUUUAGAAGACUAUCUCAACUCACAAGCGAUGGCCGAAGACUCUUAUAAUGAUCCUAAUAGAAAAUACAAAUGCCACAGAUGCAAAGUAGCUUUUACGCGCCAAUCUUAUCUUACAGCACAUAAUAAAACACUUCUACAUAGAAAAGGUGAAAAACUAACCUAUCCAAUGGAGAAAUAUCUUGAUCCAAAUAGACCAUUUAAAUGUGACGUAUGUAAAGAAUCCUUUACACAAAAGAAUAUCUUACUGGUUCACUAUAACAGUGUAAGUCAUUUGCACAAAUUGAAGCGGGCUAUGCAAGAACAACAGAACAAUAACAACCCUCCCGUUUCACCUGGAGCGGGCUCCGCACCCUCUAACUUGACUCUCACACCCAAGAGUACAUCGAGCGAAGAAGAUGAUCGCAAACGAUAUAAAUGCAAUAUUUGCAAAGUCGCAUAUACACAAGGCAGCACGCUUGACAUACACAUGCGGUCUGUUCUACAUCAAACGCGAGCCGGUAAGUUGCAGGAGCUCGCUGCUGCCGGACACGUAGAUUUGACACGGCCUUUAGUUGAGCAACCAGAUAGAAACGACCCCGCCAAAAUUUUACAAGACGUAUUGUCGCCGAAAAAUACAUCCCCUUCAUCUACUAGCAGUGGGGGUCCGCGCUCCUCGCCCCCCGCGCGUCCAGGUACCCCACGUUCUCCGCGCGCAGGUAGCGCUUCGUGCGAACGUUGCCACGCGUCAUUCCCUACUGGGGAGUUACUCGACGCACAUCGCACAACCUUAUGCCCGUUUAGCGAUGUGCGUGCGCAUUCGCCGCUAGGCGACGCGGAAGCAGCUGCAAUUGACGAGAUGGUCGCCAAGGGCAAUCCGCCCAAACGAAACUCACAAAUGUACAAACAAUUAUUAGAAACUUUUGGCUUCGAUCUCGUCAUGCAGUACAAUGAAAAUCAAAGACGGAAAUUACAAGAAGAGCGGGAAAUGGCGCGGGCGCCAAGUCCGCCUCCGCCACCACCUGAAGAAAAGCCCCCGGAUGGUGAAACAAAAUCAACGUGUCAACAUUGUAAUAAAGAGUUUUCUAGUGUGUUCGUGUUAAAGACUCAUUGUGAAGAAGUGCAUAAAGACAAAGUUCCUUUGGAAUUUUUGGAGCAGUUUGCUGAACAGUUCAAAUCGGAAUACGAAAGGAAAUCUGGAGCGCCAAAUUCGCCGCGUGCUGCAUCCCCAGCACCACAAGAUGAAAGGUCGUCCUCACCACGGGGGGAUGGCGCUGGAAACUUCAAUGAGAACGGAAAUGCAUCUGGUGAAGCUCAAGCUGGUGCUCUAUUGGCCGCCCAAGUACAGGAGAUGCAAGCGGCAUUAAACAUGUUGCAACUGCAGCAGCAAUUAGGCCAACUCCAUCCAAUGGUGGCACAAAUGCUGUCUCUGGGAUUGCCACUGGGUCUAAAUGUGGGUGCGCUAGCGGCAAUGAAUCUUCAGCCACCGCUGGUGCCACUAAUGCUGCCUCCGCCGCCCUUCGACGCGAUGCCCUUCGCUCACGACGCGCAGAUGAAACAACAACAGCUUCUGCAACAGCAACAACAGGCAAAUGCAGCCGGUCAGAAGAGAGCUCGCACACGUAUCACCGAUGAACAGUUGAAGAUUUUGCGAGCACAUUUUGAUAUAAACAAUUCACCCAGUGAUGAAGCCAUCGCAAAAAUGGCCAAACAAUCCGGAUUAGCAACCAAGGUAAUCAAACACUGGUUCCGAAAUACAUUAUUUAAGGAAAGGCAGCGGAACAAAGAUUCUCCGUAUAAUUUCAACAAUCCUCCAUCCACUACUUUGAAUCUUGAGGAAUAUGAAAAGACAGGUGAAGCUAAAGUAACACCACUGGAUUCAUCUGCUAGUUCUGAUGAAGGUAAACCUCCGCCAGAGAAGAAACCAAAAACUGAAGACGUAUCUUCUAUUAAUCAACAAGAUGUAAAAUCAGAACCAAAUGAUGAACCAACAAUGGAGGAAAAGUAUAACUCAUAUGAUGACAGACAUCAGGAAGACAAAAGCUUUAUUUUUCCUCAAGCGCCAUCUCAAAGUCCAGCCCCAAACUUAAGUUCUGAUCAUCAACAAAACAUAUCUCGACCACAAACUCCGACGCACUUGUCAUUGAAUUCUCUGAUUCAGUCACAAUUGGACUCAAUACCAGCUACGAGUAUACCACAACCACCUCAUCCGUCGAUGCUACCACCAAAGUUGAAUCCUAAUUUCACGUCCCCAAACUCCGCGCCCCCGAACGUCCUACCUUUGACCCCAAAUCGCAGCCUCAGUCCUGGCAGGGGACCGGCCGAUUUCGGACUUUCCGGGGGCAACUCGAACGGAUCCAACAGCUCGGGGUCUUCUGGCAAACGCGCCAACAGAACUAGAUUCACUGACUACCAAAUCAAAGUACUACAAGAAUUUUUUGAGAACAAUGCAUAUCCAAAAGAUGAUGAUCUAGAAUAUCUUUCAAAACUAUUAGGACUAAGUCCUAGAGUUAUAGUGGUAUGGUUUCAAAAUGCUAGACAGAAGGCGAGAAAAGUUUACGAAAACCAACCAGCCGCUGAACCACCCGCAGGUGCAACGGAUGAUGCAAAUAGAUUUCAGCGAACCCCAGGUCUUAACUAUCAGUGUAAAAAGUGCCAAUUAGUGUUCCAACGAUAUUACGAGUUGAUAAGACAUCAAAAAACACAUUGUUUUAAAGAGGAAGAUGCUAAAAGAUCUGCGCAAGCACAAGCUGCAGCAGCACAAGUAGCUGCCACAUUAAGUAGUGAAGAUUCAAAUUCAAGCACUGUAGAACAUCAUGCACCACAUGUGCCAGUUUCUCCUGCGCCGCCCCGAACACCAACACCAGCUGCGCCAAACUACCCAGUAUCGCCGGCACCACCAACACCUCAUACUCCAGUAACGCCUCUAGCACAUCCUCCCCGUGAAGAAAAAGAUGGAAAUUUUCAAUGUGAUAAGUGCAACCUAGUCUUCCCUCGAUUUGAUUUAUGGCGAGAACAUCAAUUGGUUCACAUAAUGAAUCCAAAUUUAUUUCCAACUUAUCCACCAGAUUCCCCUUUUGGUAUAUUGCAACAACACGCCCAGUUGCAACAACUAAAUGCGACUCUGGGAAGUGAUGAGGGGAGACAUCCUUUAGUUGCGGCGCUAAAUCAGCAAGUAGCUAAGAGAAAAUUUGACGAAUUCGAAGAGGUGGAUACCGGAGAGCAGCCAAAGGACAAGCGGUUAAGGACUACUAUUUUACCUGAACAACUGGACUACCUCUACCAGAAAUACCAAAUUGAAUCGAACCCUUCCCGUAAGAUGCUUGAAAAUAUUGCACGAGAGGUUGGGCUAAAAAAAAGAGUGGUACAAGUAUGGUUUCAAAAUACACGAGCACGUGAGAGAAAGGGUCAGUUUCGUGCACAUGCACAAGUUAUCAAUAAACGAUGUCCCUUUUGUCCAGCUUUGUUCAAAGUUAAAAGUGCAUUAGAGAGUCAUUUAAGUACCAAACAUGCAGAUCAGUGUGCAAGAGGAGAAAUUAACGUUGACGCUUUGCCAGAUGAGGAAUUAAGUACAGAGUCUACACCUAGUUUUGGCUCACAACAAAGUGACAGGCAGCAAAAUUUUUCGCAAGCGGGGGCUCCCAUGUUGCCCCCUAUUUUUCCGCCUUUUCACUCAGACAUGGAGAAAUUUAUCAAACAGUAUAGUGAGGAGUCAAUGAAACGAUAUGUAAAUGAGUUACAAGCACAUGCCGCUGCCCAACAAAAUGGUGGUACCAACGAGACGAAUGAAACAUCUAGACAUGGAAAAUCAGAGAUUCCCUUAGAUCUCAGCAAACCUGUCGAUCUAUCACGACCAGGUUCUGAUGCCGACGAGCGUUCAGACACUGCAUCAGAAACAAUGGAAUUUUAUGAAGAAGAUGAACCAACAUCGCCGGUGCCUGGCCAGCAGACACCGAGGCCGCCGGGCAAACGCUUCCGCACUCAAAUGUCGUCCUUACAAGUAAAAAUUAUGAAGUCAUUGUUCGGCGACUACAAAACUCCGACAAUGGCUGAGUGCGAGGCGCUUGGUCGCGAGAUUGGACUUCCUAAACGAGUGGUGCAAGUUUGGUUUCAAAACGCACGUGCCAAAGAAAAGAAGGCGCGGCUGGCUGCUGGACUUUCGGAAGUGUCAGACGCAGCACCUCCCGAGGAGUGUCGAGUGUGUGAUUUCAAAUAUAGCCACAAGUACUCAGUGCAAGACCAUGUGUUUACUCGUGGGCAUAUAGCCGCAGUGCGUGCUCGGUUGGAGAGUGGCGCGGGUGCAGGUGAUGACAGCACGCUCGCCCUCAUGCAGAUGGCAGCGCGGCUCGAGAGUGGCAUCGGCAGCGAACUGCACAGCGCCUUCCUAAGGCCCCAGCUCGCCGGCAACGGUGGUAAUCCCAACGCGCUUCAACCACAACCACAAGGUCUCAUAGUAGAGACUGGCAAUGGCGCUAGCGUCCUACAACUACCAGCAACAACUCUGGAGCAAAUCCGGCACAUUGCAGCUGACCCUGGGGCUUCGACUUUACGCCUUCCACCGCCAGCUACGGAACCCCCCGUAGGUGCCCGCGAGCUCGAUUUUGAUCUAUGCUACGUCUGCAAGCACUGCAAAGUAGCAUUCCCUUCACCAACGCCACUGCAGGCGCAUCAGGCUCGCUCAUGCUACGCGGGCCGAGAAGCAGCACGAGGCGUCAUACGCGUCGUCCAACCGGCGCUCGAAUGUCGUUCGUGUCCCGGCGAAAGAUUCCGAACAGUCGUCGAGUUUCGUCGCCACGCAGACACGGAGGCUCACCUUCGGAACGCCGCACCACCUCCACCUGUUCCACCGCAGCCAGAACCUCUCACUCAUGAGAUGGAAGACGUCGUCAAUCAAAUAACGUUGCUGGCCGCUCGCGCUGCGCAGGAUGCUGCUUCGCCCAAGGACCCGAAUGCCAACUUCUGUGCUCCCGGGCCUCGCUUCCCACCACCCGGCGAACUACCCCUUGCCAGCGCCGGCCACUAAUCCUACACAGACGAAAUGUAUAGUUACUACUAUUAGAGCCCCUCGCUCUCUCCGUUGUCCGACAACGCAGCAGUUCACUAUUAGCUCUUAAUGCUUCUUUUCGUUGAUGAAUGUAGCCGCAGAAGCGGCACUUUCCUAGUUAUACAUUUAAAGCUUGUAGUCGUUUAAGUAUAGGUUAAUUGGGAGCCGACCGUUGUUGUCCCGUUUUUAUAAUAAUCUCGUAGAAGCCGUGGCGUCCGCGCCUCGUGCUUGUUCCUGGUGGUAUUCGUAGCCGAGUCCGUGUUCCUACCGGUUGGCUCCUGCGCCGCGCGCCGCACACUGGGAGGCGGCGGCGGCGAGCGUCGGCCCGGCCGCGCUGCCUAGCCGCACUUCAUAUCAUACGUUAGACAGGUUUUAUUAUAUACGUUUAUCGUUGUGGUUACACGUGGUCAGCGGCCGCGCCGGCGACGCGCAAUUCUUUACCAUCAACUCCCAGGAAAGCAAGUUCCUAUCUUUAUGGCAUAUAAUAUUAUCGAUAUUGAUAAUUACGAUUUAAUUAUUGUUUAAAGCUAUGUAAUACAUACAUAUAAUCGUUCUAAUUUUAGGCAUAGAUACGUUCUCGUAAGAAGUUCCUGACGCAUCGUAAAUGUAUGAAGAUAUAUAUAGUGAUAUACGUAUAUGAUUUUUUUAAACAUGAAGCGAAGUUAGGUACGUAUGUUAGGCAGUAGAGCGGUCGUCUUCUCUUGCGGGUUCCAUCGCUAAUCCAAGAACAGCUUGAAAAUGAACCGAACAGAAUUGCACAACGUGCUCGUAUACUACCUGACUCAUUGUUCGCUGGCACUGAAUGACAAUGUCGUCGUUCUAUAAAAGUUUAGUACGCCUAGUACUGUAGUUUCGCUGCGAACGCCAGAUAGUAGAUGCGUGGGCGUAGGGCAAGCGGGCUACCGCAUGGUACUCCACAUAAUACCGCCCGUGGAGACGCGACGACACCGCGUAGGCUUAUUGGUAACAGUUAAUUAUAAUAAUUAUUAUCGUAGCAAACUUUUCCAAAACGAACGAACUCGAAACUCGGGCUGCGCGCCAGCGCUCAGCCUACCUCGCAUACAAGUGAGUUUAUUUUGGAACUAAGUGUGAUUCUUGAAUUUUUAUUGAUAUUGUAAUGAUUAUUAUUAGUAGUGGCGUAAGUGAGUCCAAAGGCAUGGAGGUACAUGCAGCGCGGCGGCGGCGCGGCGUGCGCCCGACGCGUCUCUGCGUUCGCCCCUCUAGCAUGUAUAUUCAUUACUUUAUCGUGUGCGUGGAGUCCCUUAUAUUUUCGAUGGCACAGAACACGUUAUUUAAAAUAUUUUACAUAUUUACAUUUUAUCUAGCGGAGUGUACUACAAUAUUUUAUCUACGAGUGAAUCCUACUACAAAAUUGAGUUUGUUUUUUUGUAAAGUGCUGUUUUAUUCCACCGGUUACCGGCGGUCCUUGUUAUGUCUAUGUGUGCAAUGAACCGACACUUGAACACACUGCGUCUCCUUUUAUAUCUCUGGAGGUUUAUUAGAAUAUUGUAUUACAUUUUAUAAAUAUUAUAUUGAUAUUUUCAUGCUGAAAAUUAUUAAAUCGAUAUAUAAUCGAUAUAUAAUCGUAUGUGCGAGUAAAUUGACAUCCGUGUCAGCAAAGAGUUGAGUGCAAUAUUUAUUUAUGUCUGAACGGAUGUUUUUUUUUCUUUAUUCCACAUUCAAAGUUCUCCAAACAAGAACACUAAAACUUUGCACAACAAAUAAAUAAAUCAUUAUUAUAUAGUUACUUGUGGUCAACGAUAUUUUAAAUAUUUUAGAUUGGUAGACGCAGCGUGCACAAGCGCCGUUGACGAAGUAAAAACGCGAAGGCGCGCGUUUUGUACGUACGACACAAUUAUUCUUGACUGCGUUAAUAAAGUUUAAUAACUACAUAGCUCCUGAAUCGUGAGGUUUGUUGUCUAGAAUGUUAUGUUAUCUGAACUCCACCGCGUAACGUUGCUCGGACGAUAUUAGCGUUCUAGAAGAUAUUAUUUUCGGUUUGUAAUCGGGAGUAUAUGUAAGUUUGAGUUAGAUUAGGUGAACAAGUCGGUAGUGCGAUGUUGUAUCUCCGCAGUCGUGAGAACGCGGAAUGAAUCAUGGUUCCUAUGUAUAUUUCAAUAUUAUCGCAUCUAGAGUUUCACUAUACUUUCCGAAUACAAAUUUUAAUAUUUAAGAUUAAUUCGGAUUAGUCUGUUGUGUCUGCUACAAGAGGGUGCCGCCACGGCCAUGUUGUUUGUUUAUUCGCAUAGGUUAUGUUUUUAAUUUAUUUCUAUUAUUUGUAUUUAUCACUGUACCUUAAUAUUAUAAUUAUGUUAUUCUAGAAAGAUUUGACUGUAUACAAUUUCUUUAGCCGUAGCUCUAAGUGUGUUGGUUACAAAUCAUUUUAUAAUCUUAAAAGGUAGCACUCACGUCUAUCAUAGUUCCUAAUAACUGUAUUGUAAUACUAAAGUUAUUUUUAAAUUCUUUACUAGUGAAAUGUACCGGUUCCUAUAUUAUAAAAUAACAUGUUAUACAAAUUCAUAUUGGUUUCUAUUGUACGUGAAUACAUUUUGGUAUCUUCUGUUGUAAUUUCAUUAACAAUAAAGGAUCCAAAAUUAAAGAUUAAAGAUCGUUAAGAUCAAUAAUUUCUUAUGUCUAUUAAAAUUUUGUCUAAAUGUAUUAUUAUUUGGUAUAAGCGUAUCCAAAUGUUCUUUUACAUUUGGUAGCGUAUUAUUAUAUAUUUUCCGUUCUCGAGCAUGACGUGUGCGUAGCAUUCACUACGCGCUACGCGCCUACGAACUAACACCCGUAGCCAACAACAGAUUACGAAUACAUUGUCAAGUGUAAAUGGUAAAAAUAAACUCAAAGUUAGUUUAUCAGA